AUGAUUAUUUUGGAUGAAUUGCCAUUUUGUUUUGUGGAUGGGGAUGGGUUUAAACAAUUCUGUAGUGUUGCUUGUCCAAGAUUUAUUAUCCCUUCACGAAGAACAAUCACAAGAGAUGUUGUUGAAUUGUUCAUGAAAGAAAAAGCUUUGUUGAAGAGCAUGAUUAGUCAGUCAAGAGUUUCUUUAACUACUGAUAUAUGGACUGCAAGUACUACUACUGUUAGUUAUAUGGUUAUCACUGCUCAUUAUAUUGAUGUGAACUGGAAGUUGCACAGAAAAAUUAUCAGUUUUAAACCAAUUUCUGAUCAUAAAGGUGAAACAAUUGCAAAAGAACUUGAGAAUUGUUUGAUUGAUUGGGGUAUCACCAAAGUUUUUACUAUCACAGUUGACAAUGCAUCUGCUAAUGAUAGUGCACUUAGGAUUUUCAAAACUAAAGUGAAGUGUUGGAGAGAGGAUCCUAUGAUAUUGGGUGGAGAGUUUUUGCAUGUGCGUUGUUGUGCACAUAUUUUAAAUUUGAUUGUGAAGGAUGGCUUGGCAGCGGUGGGUAAUAGUGUGGUUAGUGUUCGUAAUGCAGUGAAGUAUGUGAGAUCAUCCAAUUCUAGAUUUCAAGCAUUUCAAAUACGUGCAGAGCAAGAUAACCUAUGCAGAGGGAGUUUGAUUUUAGAUUGCAAUACUAGAUGGAAUUCUACUUACCUCAUGUUGACUGCAGCUUUGAAGUAUAGGGCAGCAUUUGAUCGAAUGGCUAAUGAAGACAAAUUGUAUGAUGCUUACUUUAAAGAGGAUGAAAAUGGAAAGAGAAGGGUUGGGCUGCCAUCAUCAAAUGAUUGGGAGAAUGUCCGUCGAUUGGUACAAUUUUUGAAAAUUUUUUAUGAUGCGACUUUGUCUUUUUCUUCAUACAAAACUGUGACAUCUAGUCAUUGUUUUGAUGAUAUAUGCACAAUUGAAGUUAAUUUGAAUGUUUUCAGUAGUAGUAAAGAUGUCAAUAUGAGUGGCAUGGCAAAGGAAAUGAAGAAAAAGUUUGAUAAGUAUUGGGAGGGGUCUGAGAUAAACAAAUUGUUGAUUGUUAGUAGUGUGUUGGAUCCCAGGAGCAAGAUGGGUUUUGUGACAGUUUGUUUUGAAAAAUUGUAUGGUAAAGAUACACCAAAAUGUAGUGAAAUGAAAGAAGCAGUUGUGGAUAUCAUGCGUAAGUUGUAUGAGAUGUUGGUGAUGUAUCGGCUGUUGGGAGUAUUUUUAACACGUAUGCCACCGGUUUGA